AUGAUCAUUCCCGUUCGCUGUUUCUCCUGUGGCAAGGUCAUCGGUAACAAGUGGGAUAACUACCUGUCACUUCUCCAGUCAGAAUACACCGAGGGUGAGGCAUUGGAUGCUCUUGGCUUGAAGCGUUACUGCUGCAGACGUAUGGUUCUCACUCACGUAGAUCUGAUUGAGAAGCUCCUCCACUAU